CGCCGGCGCGUGCGCACCGUCGGCUUAACUCCGGCGGUGGGCGGCGCCGUGCGCAUCCGAGCACCAUGGAGGAUUACCCGGGUCAGCUGCGCGGCAGUCCGGGCCGCACCGAGAGGCUGAAUGAGCGGCUGCUGGACGAGUUCGUGGCGCUGCACGGUCCCGCGCUGCGCGCCUCGGGCGUCCCGGAGCGGCUGUGGGGCAGCCUCCUGCACAAGCUGGAGCACGAGGUUUUCGAUGCUGGGGACAUGUUUGGGAUAAUGCAAGUGGAGGAGGUGGAGGAGGCUGAGGAUGAGGCCGCCAGGGAGGCUCAGAGGAAGCAGCCCAAUCCUGGGAGUGAGCUGUGCUACAAGGUCAUCGUGACCAGUGAGAACGGCGUCCAGGCUGAUGACCCCAACAGCAUCUUCCUCAUCGACCACGCCUGGACGUGCCGUGUGGAGCAUGCGCGGAAACAGCUGCAGCAGAUACCCGGACUCUUGCACCGCAUGGCGAACCUGAUGGGCAUCGAGUUCCAUGGUGAGGUGCCCAGCCCGGAGGUUGUGGCCCUGGUACUGGAGGAGAUGUGGAAGUUCAACCAGACCUAUCAGCUGGCCCAUGGGACAGCUGAAGAAAAAGUCCCAGUAUGGUACAUCAUGGAUGAGUUUGGUUCCAGGAUCCAACACGCAGAUGUGCCGAGCUUUGCCACCGCUCCCUUCUUCUACAUGCCCCAGCAGGUGGCCUACACGCUGCUGUGGCCCCUCAGGGACCUAGACACGGGCGAGGAGGUGACCCGGGACUUUGCCUACGGAGAGGCAGACCCUCUGAUCCGGAAAUGCAUGCUGCUGCCCUGGGCCCCUGCCGACAUGCUGGACCUCAGCUCCUCUACGCCUGAGCCUCCCGCCGAGUACUAUCAGGCCGUCUUGGAGGAAAACAAGGAGAAACUGCCACUCGCCAUUAGCCCAGUGGCACGUCCCCAGGGCCACGUCUUCAGGGUCCACUCGGAUAUGCAGCAGGUGCUCUGCCACCUCACCCACCCACGUUUCACUUUUACUGAAAGCGAGGCUGACGCCGACAUCCUCUACCACUUCUCACACUUCAAGGACUACAGGACUCUCAGCCAGGAGAGGCCACAGGUGCUACUCAACCAGUUCCCCUGUGAGAACCUGCUGACCGUAAAGGACUGCCUGGCCUCCAUCGCUCGCCGGGCCGGGGGUCCUGAGGGUCCCCCUUGGCUGCCCCGAACCUUCAACCUGCGCACUGAGCUGCCCCAGUUUGUCAGCUAUUUUCAGCACCGGGAGAGGCGGGGUGAAGACAACCACUGGAUCUGCAAGCCCUGGAACCUGGCCCGCAGCCUGGACACUCACGUCACCAACAACCUCCACAGCAUCAUCCGGCACCGAGAGAGCACUCCCAAGGUUGUGUCCAAGUACAUUGAAAGCCCCGUCUUGUUCCUUCGAGACGAUGUGGGGAAUGUCAAGUUUGACAUCCGCUACGUUGUGCUGCUGCGCUCCGUGAGGCCGCUGAGCUUGUUCGUGUACAACGUGUUCUGGCUGCGUUUCUCCAAUAGGCCGUUUGCACUCAAUGACCUAGAUGAUUAUGAGAAGCAUUUCACCGUCAUGAACUAUGACCCGGAUGUGGCGCUGAAGCAGGUGCACUAUGAUGAGUUCAUCCCCCAGUUCGAAAAGCAGUACCCAGAGUUUCCCUGGAGUGGUGUCCAGGCUGAGAUCUUCAAGGCCUUCACAGAGCUGUUCCAAGUGGCAUGUGCCAAGCCACCACCCAUGGGCCUCUGCGACUACCCCUCAUCUCGGGCUGUGUACGCUGUUGACCUCAUGCUCAAGUGGAAUAGCCAUCCAGAUGGAAAGCGGGUGAUGCAGCCCCAGAUCCUGGAGGUGAACUUCAACCCCGACUGCGAGCGAGCCUGCAGAUACCACCCCACAUUCUUCAACGAUGUCUUCAGCACCCUAUUUCUGGAUGAGACCGACAACUGUCCUGUCACCCGCAUCAUCUAGAUGCCCAGAGCCCUCCUGUGCUCACAGCCGAUUCCAGCCCCGGCUCAUGGAACUGCUUCUGCAGUCCCGGCCUUCUGCCUCUUC